AGGUUAACAAUUGACAAAUUAGUUGUUUUAUUCCGGUUCAGUUUUCAAACCAGCUCUGGUUAGAGUAUUUGAAUAAUUAUUUGAUGUCAAAAAAAAAAAACUAACAGCUGAAAAAGUGCACAAUCCAAUCCUGCUAUCUUCUCUAUUUUUUUUUUUUGCCAAAACUGCUAGAACUUUUUUAUUAGUUGUUUUAUUCCAUUUCAUAUCAAGGUAGCAAAAUUAACAAGUAUAUGAGUAGACAAAAGCAUCACCACCUUCAACUUUCACAGUCUCUUCAAGUUCUGUAGCAUCAUAGCUCGAGUCUUACCAUCCGGCUCCAACCUCAUCUCUCUCAUUUCCACAUACAGCUCCUUCGCAAACUUAAACUCACGUAUUAAACACAUCCCAUGUAUAACCGCAUUGUAAAGCGACACAUCAGGCUCCACUCUCUGUUCAAGUAAACAAAACAAACAUUAACAUUAAAAUCUUUCCACACACACAGAAUCUAACACUAGACUCAUCAUGCAUACCUCUAGGAGAUAUGUUCUUGUGAAUCAUCUCGUCGUAUGCAUCGAGAGCCAGCUCGCUUCUCCCGCACCGGACAAAGAUGCUAACGAGAAGAGAAUAUGUAACCUCCGUUCCUAUUAGACCAUCAGUAAUCAUAACUCUCCAGACUCUCUCAGCUUCGUACACGUUGUUCACCCGUCCCUCUCCUCUAGAUAAUGUAUCCUACUCUUCCUAACCCCUUCAGGCUUCUCUAGUUCUACCCCAUCUAGAAAACUCAUCUCGUUCUCUCUUUCUUUCAAUCCACAUUCCAAAGCCAUAGUUUCAACUCUGUCUGGUUCACUACUCACUUUACUGAAACACAUUCUCGUUGUUCCUAAAGAUAAAGACUCAAUCUUUACACUAACGUAAACUAGGCGUCUUCGUUUUAGCUUCAUGGUCAAUGCAAAGUCUAAAGAGUGACUCAAAGACCAAUGACAACUGCUCUUCUUAACGGAAUGACAUCCACAAUACAGUUGAUUCGAUGUAGAAGUGGUGGAGAGAGGACUUAACAAGACAUCUCCCCCAUGACUUUAACCUGGUCGGGAGACACAGUGAACAAGAGCAAUCUACAACACAUGAGCAGAGAGAACAAGCUCUUUUAGCAUAACUCAGACGAAGAAUAGCGAACAAAAGCUGAGAAAUUGAUUCCCAAUUCAGCAUAAAGUUGAGAACUUUGGCGGAAAGGAUUCACUAAACCUUAAGUGGAGCUUGUUCUGAGGCUGUGGAAUGUGCAGGCAACGAGGGAGGGGAGAUACAGAACAGAAAGGUUCAUGCUUUGUGAAUAGACAAAACGACGUCGUGAGAACCCCCCUCAAAACGAUGACGUUUUAGAGUAUGGAAUCACCCAAAAGCAGAACAAAGAGAGAAAAGGGGAGAUUUUGAACAUUGGGUAGAAUCAGAGAGAACGGUUUCUCUAAAUCAACAAUGGAUGAGGAAAGAGAAGGAGAGGUAGAGAAGAAGGAAGAAGGAGAAGUGAAGGAAGGAGUAGCUUCAAUAGCUUUAUUGCCAUGUGGUUCCAUCUCUGGCCAUUUCAUUCACAUGCCUCUCUCCAUCUGCUAUGGCCUCCAUGGCACUGAAUUGGCUUGUGAGACUGAGUGCAGCCGUGGUGAGGAUUAUCGGUUGAUGAAGCUCACCAUCAUAGACUACAAUAGAAAGAAGGAACAAACAGUUGUAGUAGAAUGCAAAGGCCACGAUGCUGCUCGAAUCAAUGAUGUUGAGCAUGCUCAUGGUUGGGAGGAAGAUGUGAUUGGGUUAGUGGAAGAAAAGCAUGGGAAGAAGAAAGUAUCUGUUUCGUUCGAGUGUGAGACAUUGAAGGCUGAUCAAGCAGCAGAGGACCAUAUCCGACAGUUUAUGCCCAAACUAGCUGGACUUGAUGCUGUUAUUAACAUUGGACCAAUGAAGAUCACUGGACUUGAUUUUGCUGCUGUGAAAGAGGAACCAUAAUGCAACUUUAACUCUUUCCUUUAUGUUUCAUAUUGUAGUAACACAAUCAGAUUUUGUUAGUGCAAUGCAAUCAAGGAUCUAACUUUAUGAAAAAUAACUUACUACAUGCUCUUUCAACGCUC